UCUUUCAAUUGAGACGAGUGGCACAAAUUAUGUACAUCAUAUGAAUUGAGGGGCUUCCAUUUUAUGAUGUGUACGUAGUUUUAAGUACUCACUGGCCUUUCGCCAUUUUUCUGUUCCUUUUCUGGAGACAAAGACCAAGAAGAGUAUAAAGGACACAAAGAAACACCAAAUUUCUGUCAUUCCAAACAUGUAUCAAGAGAAUGUUAUGCGACUACCAGAAAAUGGGUUUUCCCAAACAGUCCCCAAUUUCACCCCUACCUUCUCCUCUAUGGAAGAACUGUCUUUCCAUCAAAAUCCCCAACAAGAAGCAUCCGCUGGCAUGUAAAUAGAAGAGCUUCUGCACCAUAUGGGUUUUGAGAGAAACACCCCUUUGAUGCAAGACAUGGUCACUGAAUCUAACCUUCUUCACUUACCCAAUUUGUCGUUUUCUUAUAUGGACCAAACCCAAAACUCCCUGAGCUUUCUACCCACGUUAGGAUUUCUGGGGGACGUUUCGUCGAAUAUUCACAGUGCGUUGGAUUCAAAUUCUGCUAAUUUCGACCCUCUAUUUCAUUUGAACCUUCCACCACCACAACCUCCUCUGUUUAGGGGAUUAAUGUUUGAGUCUCCAAUACCCAAUGGGGGCUACAAUAUGAAUACUGGUUCUUUGUUUGGAGGAGUGGUGGAUGAGAGAGAAGGAAGUGGUGGUGGGUAUGGAUUUGACAAUGGAGUUUUUGAGUUCAAUGGUGGGGAUUGGAGUUGCAGGGGUAGGAAGAGUAAUGGGAAGGGCAGCAAUCGACAGUUGAAUACUGAGAAGCAAAGGAGAGGGCAGUUAUCUGAUCAGUAUGAAGUUUUGAGAAAUUUGGUUCCCAACCCCACCAAGGCUGAUAGAGCAUCAGUGGUGGGAGAUGCCAUUGGGUACAUCAAAGAGCUUCUCAGAACUGUCAAUGGGCUAAAAAUGCUGGUGAAGAGGAAGAGAUGCAGCAUAGAGAGGAUCAAAAGGCACAAGACAGAAAGUGAUGGUCCCUAUCAUCAAGACCAGUCCUCCUACAAUGGAUUGAGGAGCUCAUGGCUUCAGAGAAAGUUCAAAGACUUUGAGAUCAAUGUCCGGAUUGUUGAUGAUGAAGUAACCAUUAAAUUCGCCCAUCCGCAAAAGAAAAUCAACUGCUUGUUGCCUGUUUCAAAAGCCCUUGAUGAGCUUCAGAUGGACAUUCAACAUGUUGGUGGUGGCCUUGUCGGUGAUAACUACUGUCUCCUCUUCAAUACUAAGGUGGAUAAUCUUUUUUUUUUAAACUAUUUUCGCAUUGAAAAUCAUUCUCACUUUAAAUACCAUCCCUUCCUACAUGUUUGUCCGAUCAGAAUUUUGACCAGACAUAGAAUUGCAUUUUUCUGUCCUACUUAUGCAUUUCAUAUUUGAUGGGCUUUGAUAACCAUACCAAACAAUAAAUCAUGAGACAGAAAACUUGUUUCGAGAACAGAAAGACGAAUGUUUUAAGAAAGUUGUACAUAUCUCAGCAGCUCUUAAAAUAAGUCGCAAAUACUGCUUAAAAAUGUGCUUCUCUUAAUUUAUACAAACUGUUUUCAUACAAUUGUAUCUUAUCGUUCAACAUUUUUUAUUGUCUUUUGUAAUGACUUGUAUGGAAUUUUAUGCAGCAUUAGCACUUUGAAGUCACGUAGUCACAACUAAUAUUUUGAGAUUCUAAAUAAAUCUUGAUGGUACCCUAGUCACUGACUCACUCGUAUAUCACCUAUCGUUUCUCACUCCCCAAUAUUGUUGGACCACAUUUCACAUUCCUGUGGUUUUUCUAUUUCGUAUUUUCGAAAAGAGUUUUAACGAUCUGUUUUGGUGUUGAUCAUAUUGCAGAUAUGUGAAGGUUCUUGUGUCUAUGCUAGUGCUAUAGCAAACAAAAUAAUAGCGGUUGUGGACAAACAGUGCCCAGCAAUUCCAACCAACCAGUAGUUGUACAUUACAAGAGAAGAAGGGUUUUAUGAAGUGGAUACCUUUUCCCCUCUUUAAAUGACUGAUAUGUCAGGUUAGUGUCAAAUAUGGCAGAAGGACAAAGAAUAGAUCAAGUAGCAACUACUCUGAUUUUCAGGUUUUUAUUUUGUGGUUUUAACUACAAGUCGUGCCAAGUGAAAAUGUCUCUUCAUUCCUUAUCAUCAUAGCAGUUGUUUGCUAACACCAAAGUGAUAUCUUGAUAAUUGCUUAUCAAAAAAAAAAAAAUUAUCUUGAUAAUCAUUAAUCUACUCUCUUCUUUGGGUGGUGAAAUACUUGUUCUCAAUAGAUUUUUACAUGUUUGGGUGUUUAAAAUCCUAUUUCCAAAGUCUUAGGAGUUUUUGCAUAAAUACGCUCCUUGGAUAAAAAUAAGUUUUGUCGGCAUCAAACUGAUCAGCCUCUUGUAGAGAAGAAAGAAAUGGUGUCAUUUUCAAUCUGUAUAGAAGAGAGUGACAAUCCCGGGAAAAAAAAAAAAAACAACUAAAGUAGCAAAUGAAGGAAGAAAAUGAAAGACCCAGGCUGUUAGAGUGGAAGUGUUCUAGAGAAUUUGAAUGCAUUUUGGUUGGAAGUAUCUCUGUGUGUUUUGGUGUUUGUACAUCGCAGGAAGAUUUCGAA